AUGUCCAACAGCGAGGACGCGAGACAGGAUUACGACUAUGAUCAGCCUGGUGAAGACGCUUAUAAAAGAGGUAGCCAAUAUAAGUGGACUAAAGCUCGGAAGGCUGACUAUGAUGAAUCCAAGCAGGAUUCAGACAGUUCCAACAAAAGAGCGCCCCAAACUACUGAAGGUGAGAUUUCGGAAUCUAAGGAAAAAAGGCUGCCAAAACGUAAAGUAGCCGUUAUGAUUGGUUACUGUGGAACUGGUUAUCAUGGAAUGCAAUACAAUCCUCCUACCCCAACUAUUGAAGCUGAACUAUUCAAAGCGUUUGUGGAGGCUGGGGCCAUUUCACAAGCUAACUCCACAGACUUGAAAAAAAGCGGCUUUAUGAGAGCCGCCAGAACAGACAAGGGCGUGCACGCUGGUGGAAAUGUGAUAUCUUUGAAGCUCAUAAUUGAAGACCCUGAUAUUAUCUCCAAGAUCAACUCUAAAUUACCCGAGGGCAUCCGCAUCUGGGACAUUGAGCGUGUUAACAAGGCCUUUGACUGCAGGAAAAUGUGCAGCUCUCGUUGGUACGAAUAUCUUCUCCCAACUUACUCCUUAAUUGGUCCAAAGCCGGGAAGUGCUCUUUUUAUGGACAUCGCGGAAAGUAAAACCGAGAUUCCCGGAGUUCUGUCAGAUGAUGACGAGAGCGCGGAAAUUUGGACAAAUUUCUUCAAAGAGGCAGAACAAAUGUUCACACCGGAGGAAUUAACGGCCAUUCAAAGCUAUGCACCUCCGCCCAGGAACGAAUUUGAUGACUCCGAUCCAACCUACCAGUUGGUAAAACGUUACAAGCUGCUUGAAAAUCAGCAUCGGAGGGCUUAUAGAAUAUCUUCAAGCAGACUUGAAGCAUUCCGUUCCGCAAUGAAUCAAUACUUGGGCCCGCAUAACUUCUACAACUUUACUUUAGGAAAAGAGUUCAAGGAUCCGAGUGCCGUGAGGUUCAUGAAGGAAAUCAAGGUUUCAGAGCCAUUUGUAAUCGGUGAAAAGCAUACAGAAUGGGUUUCUAUAAAAAUUCACGGACAGUCCUUCAUGCUUCACCAAAUCCGGAAAAUGAUCUCGAUGGCCACGCUUGUUACGCGAUGCGCCUGCCCGACGGACCGUAUUACCGACGCUUACAAGCCCCAGAGGAUUAAUAUACCCAAGGCCCCGGCUUUGGGUUUGUUGCUAGAAUGUCCGGUUUAUGAAGGAUACAACAAAAGGCUACAAGAUUUUGGCUAUAAUGGAAUUGAUUUCGGCAAGUAUCAGCAAAAAAUGGAUGAUUUCAAAAUGAAACAUAUUUAUGAUAAGAUUUAUCAGGAAGAAGUGUCCGAAAACGUGUUUAAUGCUUUUUUCAGCUACAUCGACAAUUUCAGCCAAGUUACCGGAGCACAGCCGGCGGUCGAGGAAACUCCGGAUUUAACUGGCUUAGAUACUAAGCCAGUCGCUUCGGGUCAAAGAAGCGUUUUUGAUUUCCUGACAGCGAGGGGAAUAAUUGAUAAAACGGAUAGCAGGAAGGAUGGUAAGCCCGAAGGAAGGGAUCCAGAAGUGGUCAACGUAGCAGCUCAAGAACGUCAGGCCACUCCUCAAACCAUAGAGAAUGAGAUUGCUGAAGAACAGAAGUGA